AAAAAAAUUAAACAUAUCAUACGAAACGGCGCAGCUUUGAUUCUAAACCCUAAACCCUUCGCCUCAUAUCUCUCUCCUUUCUUUCUUCUCGUUGUCUCACAGUUCCUCCGCCGUGAGUCGCUUCUCCGCCGCGAUUUGUUGCUUCACCGUUGAGUUAGUUGCAACUGUUCUCUUCCUGGGAAAACCGUUGAAAGAAGCAUCAGCAACUCACUUGUUAGGGUCUUACAAAAUCAAAGAGAUGGGUAAGGCGAAGAAGGGCCCUAAAUUUGCUGUUAUGAAGAAGGUCGUCACUUCCAAAGCCAUUAAAAACUACAAGGAGGAAGUUCUUAACCCUAAUAAAAAAGAUCUCCGCACGGUUCCAAGAAAUGUGCCAAACGUUUCUUCUGCACUGUUCUUCAAAUAUAACUCUGCACUGGGACCACCUUAUCGGGUUUUGGUCGAUACUAACUUCAUCAAUUUCUCUAUCCAGAAUAAAUUGGAUCUGGAAAAGGGUAUGUUGGACUGCUUAUACGCAAAAUGCACACCUUGUAUUACUGACUGUGUAAUGGCGGAGCUUGAGAAAUUAGGCCAGAAAUACCGUGUGGCUCUGAGGAUUGCAAAGGAUCCUCGUUUUGAGAGACUACCCUGCAUCCAUAGAGGAACCUAUGCUGAUGACUGUAUUGUUGAUAGAGUUACUCAGCAUAAAUGCUUCAUUGUUGCUACAUGCGAUCGAGAUUUGAAGAGAAGGAUUCGAAAGAUUCCUGGAGUGCCAAUCAUGUACAUCACUCAGCACAAGUAUUCAAUUGAGCGGAUGCCUGAAGCAACAAUUGGUGGAGCUCCUAGAAUAUGAUCAAACAACACAAACUAUCCUUUUGCACGAGGAAGACCAAACGAGUGAGACAUACCCUGUGCUGCCUUGAUAUCCAAGUUUUUGGGUUGCUCUUUUAGUAUGAAAUCUGCAAAAUAUGUCACAAGUGAUGAUGUUUUUUCAUGUAUAAGUUUGUCUAACAGCUCAUCAACCCAGAUUUAUCACACAAAUGAAGUGCUAAUUUUUCAGUUGA